AUGUACUUCUCGACAAAGUCGGCGGCCAUCGCCCUGGCCACCCUCCAACUUGGAGCGGUCUUCGGAAACGCCCAGCAGGUUCGCCCCGUCAUCAGGGCGGACACCAACCGCGACGGUGUCGUCGAUGAGGCUGACGAAGCUGGCAAGGCCUACUGGACCUCGUCUCGCGGCGCCAUCUUCCUGCCCAACGUCGGCGAUUCCCACGGUCGGUGCGCGACCAAGGACCUUCAGGGCAACCCCCUGAGCAACCACGAACUUGCGUCCUGCCACGAUGCCUCUGGCCAUCUGCUCCUCGAGCCCCAAUACGUUGCUCCGUUGAAGACUCUCCCGGUCGAUGUUGCGGACGACGCCUUUGCGCACAUUUACGCCACCCCCGAUGCUGCUUCUGAGCGAGUCCGGUUGUUCCUGAACGACUUCCCCGACCGCGCGGGCGAGACGGCUUCCUGGCGCUUCGUGGACCCCGAGUUCAUCUUCAACGCGACCCAGUUGAAAGCCGGAAUUACCCUUGGCAUCGACGGCAGGGAGUUCGUCAAGGAUGCGACCAAGUGGGACGGUAAGGUCAAGGUCCACUUUGAUCUCUACAACAACAAUACUAUCUUGUCCGACGCAGUCGAGCUCAAGGUUGCCCCCGUCCUCACGCACCACCACCUCCAGCGCGUGGAUACUCUUCUCAGCACAGCGGCCAACGACUCAGAGCCCAUCCAGCUGGAGUUCCUGCGCCAGCUCGACCAGGGCCGCAAGGACGCGGGACUCGAGACGCCGCUUUACCUCUUCAACCAGAGCAGCGAUAUCUGGGCGCAGGAUAUCAUCGAGCCGGCGUACGCGAGCAUGCCUGGUCCCAAUGGCACCGUUUCCAUCCGUAUUAUUUUGAGGUCCGCCCAGUCUACUCGUACCGGUGGCCGUCAGGUUUUUGAGCAGCUGCGCGGUAAGGGCAUCGGUGGGUUCCAGCCGGAAGGUGGCCGUCGCGGGUUCGGACAUCUCGAGAUCAACUCCUUUGGUAACCUCGAGACUAUCCCUCCCUACACCUCCAAGAGCGGUAUCAAGUACCCCGCCGGCCGCAUUAUCCAGGGAAAGCAUUUCGAGAAGCUGCCCGCGGAGGCGAUGACUGCGUUCCUCAACGGCCAGGAGCUCCAGAAGCCUCUGCUGCUUGAGUCCGGAUGGCUGCUUAUCGGCCACGUUGAUGAGUUCGUCCAGUUCCUGCCGUCCGACAAAACUGGUCUCGGCUUCACUAUCGCCAUCGCGGAUACUACUUCCGCCCUUGGAGCAUUGAAGAACGCAUCGACUGCAGGAAACGGUGGCGUCCGCGCCAUCUCCUUCAACGGCAGCGUUGACGACGCGUUUACGGUUUCCAAGGAGGAGCUCGCCACCACCAUCGAACAGAUCCUCGCCAACGAAACUUUCCACCAAGUGAACGCCUACGCGCAGAAGCACCUCGACGCUAACCUCGAGACUCUCCUCGCCGAGAUCCCCAUUGCGAGGGAGCACGUCAUUCGCGUGCCUGUGCUUUUCAAGGACCUCAACAUUGACGGUUUGCCUUCGCAUACUGACGUUGUCAUGAAGGACGAGUGGCUUGUGGCGUCUUUCAGCCCUGCUGCCAUCAACGGUAUCGUUCUCGGGAAGCAUUAUCUGUCCCCGAAGCCGUGGGGUCCCGUCGUCAACGGCGUGGACGUGUUUGAGACGGCGAUCAAGGAGGCGUAUGGCAGGGCUGGCAUGACGGUCAGUUUCGUGGAUGACUUUUUGUCGCACCAUGUCGGGCUGGGAGAGAUUCACUGCGGUUCCAACACUUUCAGGGAGACCGAUGUGAAGUGGUGGGAGUAA